AUGGGCGGCGAUACGCAGCUACCCACGCUGCGGCGCUUGAAGUUCAUGGUGAGGUGGAGCCAGUGGCAACUGAAGGCCUACGAGACAGCCUCCGUCGAGGCACGCAUGGCGGUGCUGGACGAGGUGACACGGGCCUUUGCUCCGUGGAUCCAAAGAUUGUAUCUGCUACGUGCACAGCCGGAGCCGUGGAUGGUCGAGGCGGACGUGGCGGAAGUCCAAGAACAUUUGGCACCGCUCUUCUUUCUGCUGCACCGGCGACUUGUGGUGGAAACCAUCGAGGCGGCCGCUAGCGCCCUCGGCAAGGACUUCGAUCAGUGCACCGUCGAUGGUGCUGGCGCAGACCGGGCCCGGGUAGUGUUUCCAAUCAUGCUGGAGACCAUCUCCACGCUGGAUCGGCUCAGCCCCGUUGCGCAUUCUCAGCUUCUCAAGGUGUCGCAGGCUUCUGCCAAGCUGCAGGCGACUUUCAACGACCAGCGUGUGCACCGGAGGCGCCGUUUGCAAUUCAUCGUCGCUGCCGUUUGCCAGGUUCUAGAACGAGCAGACGUGAAGCAGUCGUUGGAGGAUCCCAAGUUCUGGGCGCACUUGCAGAUUCGCCCAGCGCCCACGUUUCCCUCCGCCGCCGCCAUCGCCCACAGCACUUCCGACGAUGAGACGGUUUCAAGCCGCGCUUCAUCCCCUGCACUGCAGUCCGCGACAGCGAGGCGGGGAGUGACCCCGCUUGAGCUGCCGCCACAUGGAGCCGAAGAUGAGGUGGCAGGUGAAAACGACGAGGCCUUCUUCUCUUUAAGCGACAACUCAGACGACGAGACGGCGCGAAGACGCCCAAAGGCGGCGCGGAGCCGGGUCAAAGCACCUCGUCGCAGCUUUCGCCAGCGCAGCGAGCUUUGUCCUCGCGGUCAUUUGCCGAAUUCCUGGAAUCGAGGUGACUGCAGACACUGGCGAAUUCGAUCGGAAACCUACUUCCGUGAUCGGCGAAAACUUCCCUGUGCAGAGACCAUGUUGGAACUGGUCAACUGCGAUUGGGUUGCCAUCGGUGAGGAUGGCCCUGUCACUCGAGUCUCCACGCAUCCGGACUUCUAUCCGGCCUGUGCCAGGAAAGAUGGCGACAAGCGCUUUCUCCUGGUCACGAACUUCGUGCUUGGAGACUACCAGGCCAUCAUGACGAUGGCUUUGAACCCGGAUGCUGCGUGGGUGAGCGAUGACAGCUCGCCACAGUCGCGCGUCUGGAGGAGCUUCCUGCACGGGGACGAUGACACCAGACGACAGCGGGUCAAGCUGAUUCUGGCAGUGGAGGAAGGGCCCUGGCUUGUAAAGAAGGCCUUCAUCAAGAAGCCAAUGUUGAUUUGUAAAUUACUGCAGUGCAAGUUUCACCACGAGCCCAACGAUUAUCUGGAGAUCGCGUUUGAACGAGCAACUGGUGCGACAGUUGGCUGCUCGCUUGCAGUGGUAAAGGCUCAGGUUGCUCCGUUACGCUCCGUUGCCUAG